UCAGGAGGGCUCGGGAAAGGGGGUCGGAACCGGUCCAGGCUCAAGUUAAAUGUUCCUCUAAAGAACAAAUCCUGUCUUUUCUGGCGACUCGGUUCCUACUCUAAACAGGACCCGCCCCGCAGUCUGGGCGGGCCUAUGGUGUGCGUUGAGUAGCCUUUCGGGUGAAACCUUCAUGGUUAGAAGGAAAGUAACGAAGGCAAAAAUAGCUUUCAAGACACGGGUUUGUUAGAGUAGUGGUACGCAGGGCGCUGCCCUAAACGGGGGCUGAGACGCCGCUUUCCCAACAGCGCCAGUGAGUACGUGGCAGGACUGCCUCAGACGGACGCUUCCUCUUCCUCAGCCCGUCGGGUUAAAGGCGCGGGCGGCGCAGAGGCUGCUGGGAACGCGCAUGCGCGCAGCGCGGCGGGGAGUCCACCUUUAACGUCCGCGGGCGCUGGGGGUGUCGGGUGUCGGCGGCGGCGCUUUGCGGCCGGUCGUGCGGGUCGGGCGCGGGCGGGCGCGGCGGCAGUGGCGUGCACAGGUGAUUGACUGGCCAGCUGCCUGAGGGAGCGCCCGGUCCUUCUUGCUGGCAGGUGGCGGAGCCCAUUGGGGCAGCCGUGCAGACGGCGGCAGCGGCGGCCUGGCUCAGGAGGCGUUCCUGGGGCCAAGGCCAUGGCCCCGCGGCUGCAGCUGGAGAAGGCGGCCUGGCGCUGGGCGGAGACGGUGCGGCCCGAGGAGGUGUCGCAGGAGCACAUCGAGACCGCCUACCGCAUCUGGCUGGAGCCAUGCAUUCGGGGCGUGUGCAGACGAAAUUGCAAAGGAAAUCCGAAUUGCUUGGUUGGUAUUGGUGAGCAUAUUUGGUUAGGAGAAAUAGAUGAAAAUAGUUUUCAUAACAUCGAUGAUCCCAACUGUGAGAGGAGAAAAAAGAACUCAUUCGUCGGCCUGACUAAUCUUGGAGCCACUUGUUACGUCAACACGUUUCUUCAAGUGUGGUUUCUCAACUUGGAGCUUCGGCAGGCACUCUACUUAUGUCCAAGCACCUGUAGUGACUACAGGCUGGGAGACGGCAUCCAAAAAGAAAAAGAUUAUGAGCCUCAAACAAUUUGUGAGCACCUCCAGUACUUGUUUGCCUUGUUACAAAACAGUAAUAGGCGAUACAUUGAUCCAUCAGGAUUUGUUAAAGCCUUGGGCCUGGACACUGGGCAACAGCAGGAUGCUCAAGAAUUUUCAAAGCUCUUUAUGUCUCUAUUGGAAGAUACUUUGUCUAAACAAAACAAUCCAGAUGUGCGGAACAUUGUUCAACAGCAGUUCUGUGGAGAAUAUGCCUAUGUAACUGUUUGCAACCAGUGUGGCAGAGAGUCUAAGCUUUUAUCAAAAUUUUAUGAACUGGAGUUGAAUAUCCAAGGCCACAAACAGUUAACAGAUUGUAUCUCGGAAUUUUUGAAGGAAGAAAAAUUAGAAGGAGACAAUCGCUAUUUUUGCGAGAACUGUCAAAGCAAACAGAAUGCAACAAGAAAGAUUCGACUUCUUAGCCUUCCUUGCACUCUCAACUUGCAGCUCAUGCGUUUUGUCUUUGACAGGUGUUUCUUUUACUUUCUCCCUUUCUCUCCAGGUGGGUCCUAUGUGUAUGAACUCAGUGCAGUCCUCAUACACAGAGGAGUGAGUGCUUAUUCUGGCCACUACAUCGCCCAUGUGAAGGAUCCACAGUCUGGUGAAUGGUAUAAGUUUAAUGAUGAAGACAUAGAAAAGAUGGAGGGGAAGAAAUUGCAACUAGGGAUUGAGGAAGAUCUAGCAGAACCUUCUAAGUCUCAGACACGUAAACCCAAGUGCGGCAAAGGAACUCACUGCUCUCGAAAUGCGUAUAUGUUGGUUUAUAGACUGCAAACUCAAGAAAAGCCCAACACUACUGUUCAAGUUCCAGCCUUUCUUCAAGAGCUGGUAGAUCGGGAUAAUUCCAAAUUUGAGGAGUGGUGUAUUGAAAUGGCUGAGAUGCGUAAGCAAAGUGUGGAUAAAGGAAAAGCAAAACACGAAGAGGUUAAGGAGCUGUACCAAAGGUUACCUGCUGGAGCUGAGCCCUAUGAGUUUGUCUCUCUGGAAUGGCUGCAAAAGUGGUUGGAUGAAUCAACACCUACUAAACCCAUUGAUAAUCACGCUUGCCUGUGUUCCCAUGACAAACUUCACCCAGAUAAAAUAUCGAUUAUGAAGAGGAUAUCUGAAUAUGCAGCUGACAUUUUCUAUAGUAGAUAUGGAGGAGGUCCACGACUAACUGUGAAAGCCCUGUGUAAGGAAUGUGUAGUAGAACGUUGCCGCGUAUUACGUCUGAAGAACCAACUAAAUGAAGAUUAUAAAACUGUUAAUAAUCUGCUAAAAGUAGCAGUAAAAGGCAAUGAUGGAUUUUGGGUGGGGAAGUCUUCUUUGCGGAGUUGGCGCCAGCUAGCUCUUGAACAGCUAGAUGAGCAAGACGGUGAUGCAGAACAAAGCAACGGAAGGAUGAACGGCAGCACCUUAAAUAAAGAUGAAUCAAAGGAAGAAAGAAAAGAAGAAGAGGAGGAAUUAAAUUUUAAUGAAGACAUUCUGUGUCCACAUGGUGAGCUAUGCAUAUCUGAAAAUGAAAGAAGGCUUGUUUCUAAAGAGGCUUGGAGCAAACUGCAGCAGUACUUUCCAAAGGCUCCUGAGUUUCCAAGUUACAAAGAGUGCUGUUCACAGUGCAAGAUUUUAGAAAGAGAAGGGGAAGAAAAUGAAGCCUUACAUAAGAUGAUUGCAAACGAGCAAAAGACUUCUCUCCCAAAUUUGUUCCAGGAUAAAAACAGACCGUGUCUCAGUAACUGGCCAGAGGAUACGGAUGUCCUCUAUAUCGUGUCUCAGUUUUUUGUAGAAGAGUGGCGGAAAUUUGUUAGAAAGCCUACAAGAUGUAGCCCUGUGUCAUCUGUUGGGAACAGCGCUCUUUUGUGCCCCCAUGGGGGCCUCAUGUUUACAUUUGCUUCCAUGACCAAAGAAGAUUCUAAACUUAUAGCUCUCAUAUGGCCCAGUGAGUGGCAAAUGAUACAAAAGCUCUUUGUUGUGGAUCAUGUAAUUAAAAUCACAAGAAUUGAAGUGGGAGAUGUAAAUCCUUCAGAAACACAGUAUAUUUCUGAGCCUAAACUCUGUCCAGAAUGCAGAGAAGGCUUACUGUGCCAGCAGCAGAGGGACCUGCGCGAGUACACUCAAGCCACCAUCUAUGUCCAUAAAGUAGUGGAUAAUAAAAAGGUGAUGAAGGAUUCGGCUCCAGAGCUGAACGUGAGUAGUUCUGAAACAGAGGAGGACAAGGAAGAAGCUAAACCAGAUGGAGAAAAAGAUCCAGACUUCAAUCAAAGCAAUGGUGGAACAAAGCGGCAAAAGAUAUCCCAUCAAAAUUAUAUAGCCUAUCAAAAGCAAGUUAUUCGCCGAAGUAUGCGACAUAGAAAAGUUCGUGGUGAGAAGGCACUUCUCGUUUCUGCUAACCAGACAUUAAAAGAAUUGAAAAUUCAGAUCAUGCAUGCAUUUUCAGUUGCUCCUUUUGACCAGAAUUUGUCGAUUGAUGGAAAGAUUUUAAGUGAUGACUGUGCCACCCUAGGCACCCUUGGCGUCAUUCCUGAAUCUGUCAUUUUAUUAAAGGCUGAUGAACCAAUUGCAGAUUAUGCUGCAAUGGAUGAUGUCAUGCAAGUUUGUAUGCCAGAAGAAGGGUUUAAAGGUACUGGUCUUCUUGGACAUUAAUCUUUGAAUACUUGCUGACUGCUAAGAAAUGACCAGAGGGGAAGAGGAGUUUGACAUGUUAGGGCAUUAAACAAAGGUGGAUUUAAGAAUUAAACCAUUACAUGCCCCUUCCAAAAGGCAGAUCCAUUCAAAAGUGACUGUCCCAAAUGCCUUAUGUCAAAUAAAGCAGAUUGCACUGACGGACAUCAGACUUGAAGGAAAUGUUUCCAAUUUUAUAUUUAAGGGGGUGGUGGGUGGGAGGGGGCAAGUAAAGACAGAACAAGUUUAGUAGCAGUAACAGUAAAUCAUGUUUACAUACCAGAUUUAUAGUCGUGGGAGGGAAUAAAGUUCUGUUAUAUUUCCUUGCUUGAGGCUCAUACCAGAUGCAUUGGUCCAUAAAGGAUUGUACCACAGUAGAUGGGACAACAUUCUGCUCUGAACGAAAAGUAAUUUUAGAGACAUAACCUGCUUACCAAUGCCUGUCUUUGAUUCAUAUUCUACUUUCAAUAAAGCAUGAAAGUGAAGAACUUGUCCUAGGUGUGGAAAAGUGUCUUCAGAUUUAGACUCCUCUGCAUGUCCGCUGCAGCGCCACCUGCCCACACCUGCCCGGCCGUCUGUCUCUUGGUGUUGGGUAAAGGAGGGGGCACCUGCUGUCUCCUGCAAUGAGCAAGGAAUUGUGUCUCAGUUUUUGACUUCAGAGGCUUUUUGCUUUGGUGCAUUUCAGAAAGGAUGGAGAACAUUUGUGAAAGCAUCUUCCUCCGGUUUUGCUGUUAUUCAAAAGUGGGAAAAUGUACCUGGCACGUUUGGAAAAAAAAAAAAAAUCUAACUACCUAU